GGCCCAGGUUGCCGGCCAGCCUGCGGACCUGGCUGGUGCGCGGCGCGAGUCCUUGGCGGGCGAUGGCGCCGAGCGCGAGCGCCCCGGGGUAGCGAGGGCCAGGCUGCGCUGUUCGGAGCGCGCCGCUGUCCGACCCUGGCGUCGGCUGCGCCGGGCCCGGGCUGCUAUGGGGAUCCUUCGGCUGACGGUGCUGGCGGCGCUGGCGGCGCUGCCCGGGGUGGCUGGUGGAGCCGAGAUCGUCGGGAACUCCAGCGUGGGUAUUACUGAGUUUUCUGUGGGAAAAUUUAGGUACUUCAAGCUCAGCAGGCCCUUUCCAGAAGAAGCUAUUUUGCGUAAUAUUUCCAGCAAUGUGACUUUUCUUAUUUUCCAAAUGCAUUCACAGUAUCAGAAUACAACAAUUUCUUUUACCAAGACUUUCCUUCCCAGUACCUCAGCAACAGGCAUUGACAAAGGACUGGUUUUCAUUCUCAGACCAGAACAGAGUAUGUGCUUUUGGUAUAUGGAGGCUUUAGAUGCUGAACCUGUCCAAAAUAUGGCCAUCCCACUCUCCUACUCAGAAACAGAUCCUAUCCCUGGAGGCUGUAAUUUGGAGUUUGAUUUAGAUAUUGAUCCCAACAUUUACUUGCAGUAUGAUUUCUUUGAAACAACUAUCAAAUUUGCCCCAGCAAACCUAGGCUAUGCAAGAGGCACAGAAUCUCCGCCAUGUGACGUCAGCACGGGACAGGACACUAGGUGGAGAUUGCAGUAUGACGUUUAUCAGUAUUUUCUGCCUGAGAACGACCUCACCGAAGAGGUGCUGCUGAAGCAUCUGCAGAGGAUGGCGGAAGUGCCUCAUGUGACCGCGAAUGCUGUUAAGGUGGUUACUCUGACAGCUAAUGAUAAGACCAGUGUCUCCUUCUCCUCCCUCCGGGGACAAGGCGUCAUUUAUAAUGUCAUUGUUUGGGACCCGGUUCUCAAUACAUCUGCUGCAUAUGUUCCUGCUCACACAUAUGCUUGCAGAUUUGAGGCGAUGGAGGGCAAUUGUUCUUCUCUUGGAAGAGCAUCUACCAAAGUGUUUUUCACUCUUUUUGCCCUGCUUGGUUUCUUCAUUUGUUUCUUCGGACACAGAUUCUGGAAAACAGAAUUAUUCUUCAUAGGCUUUAUCUUCGUGGGAUUCUUCUUUUAUAUACUGAUUACAAGACUGACACCUAUUAAGUAUGAUGUUCGUCUGAUUCUGACAGCCGUCGCUGGAAGCAUCGGUGGGAUUUUCUUGGUCGCUGUGUGGUGGCGAUUUGGGAUCCUCAUGCUCUGCAUGCUGUGUGUUGGACUGGUGCUGGGCUUCCUCAUCUCCUCAGUGACUUUCUUCACUCCGCUGGGAAACCUAACAAUAUUUAGUAAUGAUGAGGUGUUCUGGGUGACCUUCUCUGGUAUAGCUGUUCUCAUUCCAGUCAUUUUCAUGAGCUGCCUGAGAAUGCUGAACAUACUGGCUUGUGGACUCGUUGGCUCCUACUCGGUGGUCUUGGCCGUUGACAGUUACAUGUAUACGAGCCUUUCUUACGUCACUUUGAAUGUACUCAAGAGAGCACUCAGCACACACUUCCGCGGCGCUUUCACAAAUGUGCCUUUUCAGACUAAUGACUUUAUUAUCCUGGCAGUGUGGGGAAUGCUGGCUGUAAGUGGAAUUACGUUGCAGAUUCGGAGAGAAAGAGGACGACCACGCUUCCCUCCCCACCCAUACAAGUUAUGGAAACGAGAGAGGGAACGCAGAGUGACCAACAUCCUGGAUCCCAGCUACCACAUCCCUCCACUGAGAGACAGGCUGUAUGGCCGAUUAACCCAGAUCAGAGAGCUCUUCCAGAAGGAACAGCCAGCCGGAGAGAGAACACCCCUGCUUCUGUAAAUGCCACAGGGCUUGGCCAGUGGAUCUUACAGUACAACCCAGGCACCGCGUGUCAGCUUUGGUGCUUACGCCCAGCCUGCUUCAGCCGUCUGCAGUCAAGUCUAGUGAGAAAAUAGGCUUCUGUCCUGUGUGUGGUGUCCUUACUGAUGUGUGGUAGGGCUAUGCAAGGAGAUUAUGAUCAUUCUGAGUGAAGAAGAUGACCAAAAAAUUGGUGGUAGGCAGGCUUUUCCUUAUUCCGAAAUACUUAAGAAAUUACUUUUUGGCUUACAUGAUCAAUUUGUAACUUCUUGAACAAUUCUCUCACCAGAGUCUGUCUAAACCUGGGGACAGAGGCACAGAGGGUGAUUUGAUUUAAGUGUUAGACUGAAUUUUUUGCCAUGUUCAGAGGUUUAAGGAUUUAAUCUGGGGUCUUUGAACUUCAGAGUACAAAAGAAGGAGAACUACCUUAAAAGCAGUCUGAUUACUUAGUUGCAUCUUUCAUAGUAUCAGAUAUUAUCAAAAGUACUGUUCUUUUGCUUAUU